UUAUGGGAUCGCCAACUCAAGCUUACGUCAGUAUUCCAAGAUGGCAGCGCCCAUGUAGAAUGUAAACAAACAACCGAAUGAAGGACAUUUACAUAAGCUAACUAAAAAUAUGCCAGAAACUUCCUCAGAUGAUUUGGACCAAAAACAUAAGAGUGCGAGUGAGAUAGUUGAAGAACGACGAAAAAAAACAAUCGAAGAAAAGAGGAAAAGGGUGAAUGAGAUUGUAGAAGAAAAUAGAAAGAGAGUGGUCAAAGAAAAAUUGGAAGCUGUACUAAGACAUCCAUGCAAUCGUGAAAAAGAAAUGUCAUAUCAGUGUUUAGAAGAUAAUGGUUAUGAUAGAGGUAGAUGUCAAAUGUAUUUUGAAAAUUACAGAAACUGUUCCAAGUUUUGGAAUAGUGUAAGCUGGGAAAGAUUGUUCAGAGGCAUUAAACCUUCAAUUCCUCCUCCGGAUGAAAGAGAUGCUAUUAGAGAAGAAUUUGCAAAAAGAAAAGGCUAUAAUUACUGAAUCUAUUUGUUUUGUGUAUCUGAGGAAGCUAGUAUCUAGGAAAAAAUGCCCAAAGUCUGACCAUUUCCAAUUGUUUAAAAAAAAAAGGCACAUGAAGUAUGUAUGAAUGAGACGAACUGCUGUUAUCUUUGAAACAUGGAUGUAUUGAAAUAGGAGGAGCUAGUAUUUUAAAAUCAUCAAUCAAAUUAGUACAAAUCCCACAAAUUAUAUCUUUUUAUAUUGCUGAGUUGUGUUGACUAUAAAUUAUUAUGCUUUUAUAGCUAGUUAUUUCCUGGACAUCAUUGAUGUUUUUGUGUAGAUGAAACAUACGUUUUUAAAUAUUAAAUUAUAGGGAAAACAAUUUCUUCAUAACAUCUUGAUAUUGUUUCGUCAACAUGUAUAACAUGAGGAUUAUUAAUAUUUUCCACUUUUUAUCCAACCUGAAUUUUUUAUUGACUUGUUUCAUAAAUAUUUGUACUUUUUCCUUUUUCCUUUUUCUUUAUAGAUUGAUGUUUUCUUUAAUUGCAAAAUCAUGAAAGCAGUGUCAUAGAUUCUACCCUUUUGAACUGCAUUAUCACCUUAAAUAUUUUCGUUCAGUAAUAAAGUUAAUCUCUUAGUGUUGAUAGGUUAAGCAAAGAUGUACAUAUUAGGAGGUUUAAAAGGAAAUCUUGCCGUUAUUUAUGAAUAACGUACUUGAUUUGUAUGUAUUUAUAAGUCUUAAAAAUGUUUGUUUAUGUGUAAUGAAUAAAUGAGGAAAAAAUGCUUUUAA